UUUUGUUAUGAUUUGUAAACUCCUGCGUGGAACUUCCUGCGUUUUUUUUUUUUUUUCAUAAUUUUUCUGAUUAUAAUGGUAAAAUAGUAAAAUGUAAAAGAUUGUGUCACAGUAUUUAGAUCAAUCUCUACAGUCGACGACAUAUUCUAGAUCUAGAUUACUUGAGUUUAGCUUAGACUUAGACUUUAGACUCUAUAAUACUUAGAUACUACCGGUACAGCGACUACACUACAGUAGUACAGUCAGAGAGAAAUCUGAAAUGGGAGCUUAUCUUAGCUUCAGAAAAGAAGUUAGAAUUAUUAUUCAAGGUCUAGAUGCUGCUGGGAAAACAUCUUUGCUUUACAGAUUAAAAUUGGGAGAAAUAGUGACCACUAUACCAACUAUAGGUUUCAAUGUUGAAACUGUGGUGUGGAAAGGGCUUCAAAUAUGCGCUUGGGAUCUUGGUGGCAGAGAUAAAAUAAGGCCUUUAUAUCGCCACUACUACUGCAACACUCAGGGCUUUAUCUAUGUUAUUGACAGCAAUGAUAGAGAAAGACUGGACGACGCCUUACAAGAACUUGUGCAUCAGAUCUUAAUGGAAGACCAAGUUAAAGACACAGUUGUCAUGGUGCUAGCCAAUAAACAAGAUCUACCUAACGCAAUGACUGGACAAGAGAUUGAAGAUGCUUUGAGGAAGAAGAUGUCUCUCUGUUCACAAACUGUAUUUGUGAGACCAUGUUCAGUCACAUCAGGGGAGGGAAUGCAUGAGGCUUUUGAUGACUUUGUCAACCAGAUUAAAUUGAGACAGAGGGGAGAGUACCAGUCAGGCAUCAUCAACAUUCCAACAUCAUCACCAGUCAAGGAAGAGUUGUCAGAGAGCCAGCUGUACAGCACUGUCAAGUAUCUGUUCAAAAGUCCACUGUCCUGUUUCAGAUAUUUUUCCUUUCAAGAGAACAAGAUGAAACAGUCAAUCACAGAGAAAGAUACAGAUGAUAAAAAGUUAAAUAAUAAUAGUGAGAGUGGCAAUCAAAUUCAGGUAUCCACGUAAAGUAAACCUCACUUUGGGUCAGUUUUAGCAUCUUUAUUUAGCCUCCAAAAUGAAAGUUAAAUAUGCAUCUUUAUGAAGAGAGCAUACCGAUUGCAGUAUUCAUCAUUGCACUGCAGACAAAUGUUAGCUAAAUGUUUAAAUAUCAAACUUACUGUAUGCAGGACAAUAUAUAUAUAUAUGUAUAAUAGCAAAAUGUUUAAAUAUUUGUUGUAGUAAAACUAUAUUGCUAUUGUUUCAAACCUUUUUUUUGUUUUAACAAGAAGGUUUUAAUAUAUAUAGUAUGACAAAACUUUCAUGGGCUUAUUAUUCUAAUAUGCUAAAAUUUUUAACCAUAUUGAAAAUAUUUUGAAAAGCCUGUAAAAUAAAUUGGGUUUGCUUUGUUUAGAUUAAUCAAUUAUCUACCCUUGAAAGCUAUUGUUCUGUGAUUGAUUAUUUGAAUUCCCUGUCUUCUAAUAUUGCUAGCAUGUGUAUUAUAUGUUGAAUAUGUACAUACCUUAAAGUUUCAUAAAGUAACUUAUUCCAGUUAUUGUUGUUUUAACAUAUAUUGUCAAUUUUGUAACUUCUAGACUUAGGACAGUUAAAAAAGUUAUGUAGGAAAAUAACAUGUAUUUAUUAAAAAUAGUGAAAAUAAAUAUAAAUACUACUGUAGUAAAAAAAAAGACUCAAUAAACUAUUAUAACCUACUACAGUGUAGAGAAAAAAUGUUUUUCUCAAUAGAUGCUUAAGCUCAUUCUUUAACAGCUACAUACUUUCACAAGGACCUAACCCUAACAAACACACUAAUAAAAUCAUCAACUCAUCUCUGCCUGUGGUCCCUUCUGGGGCAUAGGCCACCAACCAGCUUCUUCCAGGCAUCUCGGUUCUGGUCGAGUCUCUCCAACUGACCCAACGUCUUGCCCACCUGCUUGGCAUCUGCUUCCAAAUUGCAGCGCCAUGUAUUUCUGGGCCGUCCCCUCUUCCUCCUUUCUUGGGGGUUCCAGGUUAGGGCUUGCCUUGUUGUGUUGGAUGCAGGCUUGCAAAGGGUGUGACCUAUCCAUCUCCAGUGUCUCUGAAGGAUAUCUAGUUCAAUGGGCUGCUGCUUUAUUCUUUGCCACAGUUCCUCAUUCGAGAUUUCAUCUGGCCAGUGGAUCAUAAGAAAUCUUACUCAGGCAGGUAUUGCCAAUACCAAUAAAAUCUUCACUAAAAAAUUCUUCAUUUCUUCUUAUCUUAAAACCUACAUUCUAUCAACCAAGUAUUCAAAAUAUAAUAUAUAACAAACUCAUCACAGUUAAGAUGAUUUUCUUCAAUUGUGAUAAUAAUCGCCAUAUAAAGUAUAUCAAAUACAAUAAUUAAGUUAUGUAUUUGUUGGCUGAAAUGAAAAUACAUUUUGAAUUUAAAGGGUCUUUUUUUUCCCUCUACUUAACAGAUUAAAUGGAUAUAUUUUAUGUUCAUGUAAUAAUAUGUACAGUAUGCUUAACUUUCACUUGUGUGUUAAAUGUUGCCACCUUUGUUGUUUUUCUUUCUGUGAUAACUGAAAGCUGAAAUAUAAAUAAUUUUAUACAUUGAUUUAUCUGAUGAAAGAUGUUUAAUCUUUUUUUUUUAUAGUUCUUUACAAUUUCUUUAUAAUUUAUUUACCUGUGUGUCCUUAAAUAAGUAUUGCAAUAAAUGCAACAAUCAUUUUGUUUUUGUUAAAUAUCACAUUAAAGUUGCUAUAACUUAAUAAGAAA